AUGAUUGGAAAUAAGUAUAGCAAUAUUAUUAAUAGCAAAUUUAAUGAAAAUGUUGCUUUAAGAAACAUUACUAAUUGGAAACAAGUGAAACAUGUUGAUAAUGCAACUAUGUCAUCUAUUGCUUAUCAUGGUUAUGAAGUUAAACUAUCUAAAUUUGAAGGAAAUGCUCCCAUGAAUUUUGAGAAGGCUGCUAAAUUCUACUUUGAAAACUUAGAAGGUUAGAAGCAUAAUAGAGAAAUGUGUGAUGAAUUUCUCAAACUAGAAACUAUCGAUUAAGACACAAUAGUUACUCUAUUUAAAACUAAAAGCAAAUUUGUAGUGAGCUCACGCCAAAUUUUAUGUGUUUAGCAUUUAAGAAGAUUAAGCUAAGAUGAAAUUUUAAUUACAAGAGAUCAGAUAGAUGACCAUCAAAACGCACCUAAAAGUGAUGCUGUUAAAGCUGAAGCUAAAUUUGGAGUUAUAUACUUGAAAAAAAUUAAUGAAAACGCUACUCAUUUUGAAAUCUAUCAGCUAGUAGAUCCUAAAGGAAGUAUUCCUGUCUCAUUUAUCAACUCUAUGCAAGAAAAGUAAUUUGAUGCAAUUCAAAAAGACAUCCAAACUAUAUAAAAAAUGUGA